AUGAAGAGAGAGGAUAUCACAUACCUGGGUGCCGGCCCCGCGGCCCUUCCGACAGACGUCCUCGCGACCGCCGCAGAGGCUCUCCAGAAUUAUGAGAACACCGGACUUGGUGUUGCAGAGCACAGUCACCGCAGUGAACUUGCUGGUGGAAUCUUGAAUACCACAAAAUCCGACCUCGCGACCUUCCUCGAUAUCCCUCCCGAGUUCGAGAUCUUGUUUAUGCAGGGUGGUGGAUCGGGUCAAUUCGAUGCGACGGUUUAUAACCUGACUGCGAUUUGGGUUGAGAAGCAAAGACAGAAGAUUUUGAAGGAGAAAGGGGAGCUCUCCGAGGAGGAUCUCGUUGCGGAACUCCGCAAGAAGGUCGACUCUGAGCUGCGAUUGGAUUACUUAGUCACUGGAUCGGAAGCUAGCCAGGAAGCUGUUCGACUCCUCGGGCCCGAGUACGUGAACGUCGCCAGCGAUGCCCGGACAGUGAAUGAUGGAAAGUUUGGCAAGAUUGCGGACGAGUCGACAUGGAAGUUGAGCCCCAAGGCUGCUAUGGUUUACCUUUGCGAGAACGAGACCGUGGACGGCGUCGAAUACCCCAGCUUCCCCAAGGUCCUCGAAUCGAAAGGCUCAGAAGAUGACCCAAUCGUUAUCGGAGACUUCUCUUCCACUAUACUCUCAAGACGGAUACCUUUCGAGAACUUCUCGAUCGUUUAUUUCGGAGCUCAAAAGAACCUCGGCCUUACCGGUAUCACCGGAGUCAUCAUUCGAAAGAGCCUCCUUCCUCCCGUUUCUGCCCCCUGCUCCCCUACAAUCCUGCGCAAACUAGGAUUGCCCGUUGCUCCUACAAUCCUCGACUACUCCGUCGUCGCAAAGAACAACAGUCUUUACAACACGCUUAGCAUCUUCGACGUAUACGUCGCCGGCCAAGUCAUCAAGAAGCUCCUCACUACUUUCCCCGACAAGGUGGAUGGACAGCAAGCCGUUGCUGAACGCAAGGCCCGCAAAGUAUACGAGACACUGGAUGCCUACCCCGACGUCUACCGUGUCGUUCCGGAUAAGAGCGUGCGUUCGCGCAUGAACAUCUGCUUCCGCGUCAUCAAGAAUGGAAACGUCGAUGAUUCCGAAAAGGCCUUCCUCAAGGGCGGCACCGAGCGCGGAAUCACCGGCCUCAAGGGCCACCGCAGCGUCGGCGGCAUCCGCGCCUCAAAUUACAACGCCAUUCCCGAGGCUGGUAUUGACAAGCUUGUUGCGUACCUCAAAGAUUUUGCCACUGCUUAG